ACGGCAUUGCAGGUAAAUCGGGACGCGUUUGUCAACACCAUUUUUUCCCUGCUUUCAUUAACAUGUGCGAGAAAUGAAGCGGACUCGAUAAGAGAGAGAGAGAGAAAAAAGAGACAGUAUUGUUGCGCUCGGUCGAGUUUUCGGUGGGAAAGAAACGAAAAAUCGCGCCGCGGUGUCCAGCAGAAGCUCGCGUCGCGUCGGCGCUUUGUGGGGCAGCACGCGCUUUUCUUCUCCGAGCAACUUCGAAAGCUGAGGAUUUGUUUAAAAUCCUGAGAGCCUGUCUAACAAAGGAUGAAAUCUGUCAAAAGAGUGUUGGAAGAGGAGCACAGUGGAGAGACAGAGUUUUCUGCCAUGUCAGACAGUGAUCCCUGUGAGGAUGAUGCUUACCCGCUCAAUCUUUCCACCGGUGCCCGUGGAGGUUCAGCUAAGCGCCGCCGUCGGGGGAACCUGCCAAAAGAGUCUGUUCAGAUUCUGAGGAGCUGGCUAUAUGAGCAUCGUUUUAACGCCUAUCCCUCUGAGCAGGAGAAGUUGAGUUUAUCAGGACAGACUAAUCUCUCCAUCUCGCAGAUCUGUAACUGGUUCAUCAACGCCCGGCGACGGCUGCUCCCUGACCUGCUCAGGAAGGACGGAAAGGACCCGACUCAGUUUACGAUCUCUCGCCGAGCCAGCAAAUCAGACAGUCGGUCAGUUGGCUCUGCCUCCCCAGACCACUCCACCCCUCCACCGGUCCCCACAUCCCGCCCUUCUGUUAUCCGCCCUGCCCCCACAUUGGACCUGAGCAUGCUGGGGAAUACUGCAACUGCCAUCUUGACUGGGGCUGGCUGCUUGGUGGGAUCAGGUCUAACAGGCAGAGACGGUUCUGUCCAGACCCUCGUGCAGGUGGAGAGUCGUGGCGUGAUCAAGAAAGAUAGUGUGACUGGACCUCCUCAUCUAACUACUAUUCCAGGCUCUUCUUCCAGCAGCCCAGGUCUGGGAACAAUGAGUCCUACUGUGGUGCUGUUCAACACGCCACCCCCUACACCCCCCGAGCUUUGUCCACAUGACUUCAGCGACCUCAAACUGCUCGUAGACGCGGCCCUACAGAGAGCAGCAGAGCAGGAAAACCAGAGACAGAAGGAGCAGCCUUCAGCCAGAGUGCCCUGUUCUGUUCCUGCAUCUGUUUCCGCAACAGAAGCUUUAAGUAGGAACACCGAGCAGGAAAAGAGUCGUGAAAGCCUGAGUUCCAGCAGCAAAGCUGACUCCGCUCCAAGCCCACAGGAGCAGAAGGCCAUUCUCCCUGUCUCUGUGCCGGUGUUGAACGCCUCUGCUUCUUCUCUUCCUGCAAGUGAGGCGGGUGUUAGUCUGCCAGUGGUCCCACAUAGAGUUGCUGGAGCAGUUAAUUUUCAGCCAAAUGGUGUGUGGAGUGUGGUCAGACCAGCUAGCCCACCCCCAACCAGUGUCAAACACACCUGGAGCUCACAGCACACACUCCACGCUGUCAGAGAAGCAGUCAACUGAGAAAUAAAAAAUGACAGGUGUAUGCAUUUAUGAAGGACACACAGAAAAAAGCAACAAAUGACUAAGAAAAAGACAUUCCAUACAACCAAGACGUGAAUGCAACACUCCUCUGCUCCAGGUCCUUGUUUGGCUCGGGUUGUCUGACACUCUUAUUUACAUGGCAGAAAACAUGAGUCAUGUGGCUGCAAUGUCACUGUUGUCUUGACUACCUGCAGUUGUCAUGGACGUGAUCUGACAGUUGCUGGACGACAAGCUGGAAACGGAACAUUUCACCGGAUGGUUCAGAUAACCCGGUUGUAGGUCAUACACUAAGUUUACCUUUUAUUGACACAAAGCUGGUGUUUUUAAAGCAGCAAGCCUAAAACUUUUUAACUGAUUUUUUUUUUUCUCCCCCUAUUGUUUUCACUACAUAAGAUUUUUUUGGGGUCCUCUUUACCAUUUCAUCAUUAAUUGAGAACAUACGAUAAGCAUCGACUUAAAAGGGAAGUGUGAGUUUAAAAUCCCGAACAGGGCAUUUUCAGAUUUGACAUGUACUGUGAACUUUCCACACGCAUGCUGGCAGUUUUGAUGUUUCUCAGUGUUAUGCAUCUAAAACUAAUAGGCAAGACAUUUAAUGGUUUAUUUAAUUUUAGGACUGCCCUUAGAAGUUACACAAGUGGCCUUGCUUAGUUUUUGCCUUCGAUAUUGGAUUACGGUAGGGAUGGGCGAUUAUGGCAAAAACAUCAUAUCACAAUACCUAAUGUUUGCACGAUACAUGAUGUGGUUUAGCCGAAGUUGUAUUUGAAACAGUACACUAGUGAGGCAGCAUACUCGCGUUACUCUCAGAAGAGUGUAUUGUAAUAUGAUGUAACACAAAAGCUACCAGGUUUCUAUAUUCAUUUUGCCUGUAUGCUCCAAUGUCCUGGCUUAGGGCUAGAUAAGUAGACUGUAAUGUAGCAUGGCUGUCUAAUUUUCUAUAUGACUCCUGAAUGCUCGUUGUGAGCCAGCAUGGUUUUGUUGAAUGAAUCGCUGGUGGGUUUGAUGUCAUUGUGCAGACAGGGACUUGAUCCUGUUGAGUCUAGGAGCUACACUUUAGUUCGGAAAAAAAAAAAACCUUGGCAUGCUGCAGCCUUGUUUGUUUGAUACCUCAUUCCAGUGGUCUGAAACCGCUGCAAAUGGGACAACGACUUCCAAAUAUCAUGUUUCUUUUCUGUGUUUGUGUGGUCACUCAUACAUUCUGCACUUUAUUUCCAAGUCUCUUUGUUGCCAGUACUUCAAAACCUUAUCAGAAUUCUUUACGGUUUAAAUGAUGAUUGCCCCCGCCUUCUUGAGAAGAGUCUCCAAGUGAGUAAGGUCUAAGGAUGAGGGAGAGGAGACAGGCGGUCAGGGAAAUUGAUUGCACUGCAGAGAGCAUAGCUCAGCCUGAUCGCUCCUCUGCAGUGACACAGCGCGAGGCAGCAGCAGAGCCGUCGUCAAUUUCGCGAGAGACGCUUCUUCCCAUCCCAGACAAGCUUUAACUCUCUACCUUAAAAUAAAUGUGGAGCGUUUACGGCGCUUUUCUGGGCGCCAAGUGUCAAGCAUUUCCAUAUAAGAUGUCAUGAACUUAUUUGACGUGUGUGGGUGUGUCGGAGACAGCCAGAUGGUGAGUGUGUGUGUGUGAGAGAGAGUAGGAUUAAGGUAUAGGUUACAUGAAUCAAUGUGGUGAAGGUGGAAAGCAGACACGAUCAGUUUUAAGUUUCAGAUUCAGCCGUCAUGUCCUUAUCAGGUCAGACUACUGGCUCGUUAUCAGAAUAAAAUUUAAUUUCAUGAUGCAUACGUUGAUUCUGCAAUUGACCUUCACAGUUCUGGUAUAAACAAAGUGCACCGCUGAGUUUGCUAUAGUAAGGACGUUGAGUACAAUAGACUUGUUGUCUUGGGAUCGAUUUUAGAGCAGGACCGCGUUCCUGAGAAUGUGAAAGAUUGCUGUAUUAGGGUGCUGGCAUUUCUUUUUCGUUUAGACUUUGGAGUAUUAAAAGAGUUUUUUUUUUUUUUUUUUUUUUUUUUUUUAAAUCAUGAUUUAGUUCCUCAUGUUUAUUGUUGAUUUUAUUGUAGUUAUUGUCACAUCGUUAUAUGUUAGGGUCCAUGCUUCUUUCUCCAUGCCCAAGUUCCAUGACUCGGUUCUCACUUUCUUUCUUUUUUUUUCCCCCCAAUAAACAGAGUAGCUUUGUGCCUGAAUGAGUUGUUGUCACUGUAUUCAAUGCACAUCAUCCUAGUUUACCUCUGGUGGUGCCAUUUUUAUUUUCCCCUCUCGUUGUUUUAUAUCCGCUAACUUAUGUAUUUGUAAAAUGCUGAAUUGUUGCAACCAUCUAACGUAAUGAGCUAACAUGUUUUGUCUGGUUGUUUUAUGGUCACGUUUCUGUUAAAGGAAGGUGCUCUCUAAUCGUUUACUGUUUUAGAGGUUCACCCUUCUGUCCUGAAAUAUUGUAACAAAUUCUGUGUAUUAUUAUUUCUUCCUCUUUUGUUGUUGUUUUGUUUUCAUAGUUUGUUUGUUUUGGUCAGCAUUGCGUUCAGUCUCAGGUUAAGUCAGUCAUUCCUCUUUUAGCAUAGUUGUCAGCCACUGGUUAGAAAACUGAGAGUAUUAGAGAUCAGUAAUGUGCUUUAGACCAGUGUUUGACAUGUUUCUAUAACCAGCUUAGGCUUUCUGCAAAUACGAAACAGCAUAAUAAUACAAGAACUAGGUGUUAAAACCGGUGGACCACUACAUAAAUAAAAAAUUUAAAAAACCACUGUGAGCUUUCCGUUAGUUACUGGGUUCCUGGAACAGCAAUGGGUACUGGAUAUAAAACAUAUUUUUUCAGAGAUGCUCUAUUUUUUCACUUCUGUAGAAUGACUGAUGUUGAUAUUCUAGAUACUGUGUCUAUUUAGUUGAGAAAGGGGUCUUGUAGAUAUAAAGCGCAUGUCUAUGGGGUCUGGUUUUUAUGUAUAUUAAAUGUGUAGCGCUCGCUCGCUCUCUCUUGCUCUCUCUCUCUCUGUCUCUCUCUCUCUAUAUAUAUAUAUAUGACCAAAUACUUUAAGACGGAUAUUAAUAGUAUUUGUUUCUUACAUUUCUUAUCAGUGUAUCAAGUUAAAAGUAUGGACAGUGAACUCGGCAUUUGUGCCUUACACGAGAACAAGAGAAUCUUCCCAGCUUUUUCUAGAAAUCUUUGGACUAGUCUGUGCAAUAUCUGCCUUAAACUUGUGAUGUGUCCUCCUCCUUUUUUGUACAUUUCAGAGAAAUAAAGUACAAUUUUCAUACAA